GGACGUGACGUCAUCCGGCGCCGCCGCCGCCGCUGUUGUUGUUGUUGUGCCGCAGAAACAGUCAGCGGAAAAGGAAGCCGUGUUUUUUAUUCACUUAUUUAUCUUUACGGGUUUUUUUUUAAGUUUAUCGUCGAUGAUAAUGAUUACAGAAAUGUUAAAGUAAACGUUUAUUUUGGGGGGAAAAAAGGUGGACCGGCGGAAAUCAUUUUAAACCAGACGCCAGUGUGUGGAGCUAGCAGACUUAGCAGCUAACACAGUCGCUAACGAAUAAAUAACGGACAUUUUAUCAACCGUCAGCUGUUAGGGGUUUAUUCCACUUUAUUACAUCCAUUAAUAACAUUAGUGUGUGUGUGAGAGAGUGUGUGUGUGUGUGUGUGUGUGUGAGAGAGAGAGAGUGUGUGUGUUACUCGGAGUGUUAACUCGGCUAGCUAACUCAGCACCGGUGAGAGUAAAUUAAUAAGCUGUGUGUGUGUGUGUGUGUGUGUGUGUGUGUGUGUGUGUGAGAGAGAGAGAGUGUGUGAGUGUGUGUGUGAGUGAGUGUGUGUUUAAAUAUUAAACCGCCUCCUCCGACUGCACACGACAUCAACCUGGAGAAGACGCUGGACCUGGUGGGCCUGAAGCCGGGCUCGGGGCCGCUGCUCACCCCGCAGAAGAAGAUGAAGAAGCGCAAGGAGCUGAACGCGCUGAUCGGACUCGGGGACGGGAAGCGCAAGAAGCCGAAGAAGAGCUCCGGACACCGGCUACUGCUGCGGGGAGACGCCGGGGACACGGACACCGAGAGCGGCUCCAGCUCCGGGGAGGAGGACGAUGAGGAGCAGUUCCGCAGUCCGGGGGCUUUCCGCAAGGGUUCGGCUCAGUGCUGCUCCGUGUGCUACCCGCUGUGCGUGUUCAUCGUUCUGGCCGCGUGUCUCAUGGCGUGUGCAGGACUCAUAUGGAUGCAGAUUGCACUUAAAGAAGAUUUGGAUUCGCUCAAGGAGAAACUGCGCACCAUGGAGUCGAGUCAGAAGGCUUCUUCACACGAAAUACCGAAGCUGAGCGAGGAUCUGAAGGCCAAACAGAGGACGCUGGAGGAUAUCGAGAGCGGAGACAAGGGCUUAAAUAAAUUAUGGGCCAAUCUUACAGAUAUUAACAGAAAGAUAAGUACGCUGGACUCUGCUGUUAACCAUCUGAAGGCCAACAUUAAAUCAGCGUCAGAUUUAAUCACUCUCCCAACAACCGUAGAGGAGCUCCAGAAGAGUGUUGCCACAAUAGGAAGCACACUUACUAGCGUUCAACACGAUGUAAAGAUGAUACAGAUUUUUAUUGAGGACCAGAAGAAAGGAGAAAACAAACAGAACAGUGAAACAGACUCUCUGUUGACGGUGGCUCAGGAUGAUAGCAGCAGGAACGUGAAUGAAGGAACAGUAGAUGACCUCAGCUCCACGACGUCCUCGAGUCCCAUCAACUCUCGCCAUCGACGCUUUCUCAGUAAGAACCUCUCCAAGAGAGAGAAGGUAGCUACGCUGCAGACUCUCACGUUUCCUGGAGUCAACUCUGCUGAAGAUUUGGAGAAGCUCAUGCAUGCUCAGCUGGAGGACACCUCUGAAGGCGUGACGUACGAGGAGCUGAGGAAGAUCUUCGGCGCUUCCACUCCGGAUUCCCAUCUCCUCGAGCCGCACGACGUAGAUCAGGACCACAGGUACACGCUGGAGGAACUCCGGGCUGCCGCUUCUCUCUGAGGAUACCGAUAAUGAAUCAGUAACUGUGCAGUCGGUGACAUGAAGAACAUUCAGGCUGAGCCAUUAACGAACAGCAGGAGGACGACGCUGUGUGAACUUUCCUAGCAGUGGCUGACACGACUGCUGCACCUUUUUUCAUUCCUGUAAUCCAGUAUUGGAGAGAUUUGUUCCGUCACCCUGCAGAGAAACGACCUUUUGCAUGCCACGAGCAUACGCGUCGGCAUCAUUCGCGCCGCCGUCGUGUUUCAGCGACCGCAGAUCAGUUUUAAACCGUCUACAGCGUUGUGAUGGACCUCUGAUGAAGCGAUAUGAAGAAGCUGUUUAAUGUGUGUGAAUACGUAAUCAGAACACGUAUAUUAGAGUUUCAGGUUGGUUACUUUGAUAUCUAGCCUCAAAAUUCAGACAUGACCCUAGAUUUACGUUGUUUUAAAAUGUUUGUAAUUUUUCUUCUGUAUAGGAUCAAAAUAUAUUCCUUUCGUUUUUAGGUGUAAUCGGGGAGGCUGUGAGGAAAUGUGUUCUAAAUUAUUUAACACGCUAUUUAAUUGUGUAUUUAGCAAAUUGUAGCAAUAAUAUAUUACUCUUAAGGCUUAUUGGAUAUAUGAUGUGUUAAUGUGUGUAUUCUGCAGUAAUGUAUUAAGGACAAGUUUCAACAAAAAGCGACACUUCACCCUAACCUGUCAGAAGAAGUAGCUAGAGCUCCUGCUGCUUUUGCACUUCCGAAAAUUCAGUGAGUGAAGCAAGAGAGAUUUUUUUUUUGUCUCCAAUGUAUUUGUUGUUGUUGUUGUUCAUAUUUCGUUUCUUCAGCAUUAUCUCUAUUUUGGUCUGGAGCUCUGGCUACUGAUGCUGGUUUAAGGUGAACGUUCACUUUAACAGGUAGUGAAUGAAACACUGAUUUACGCAUGUAUGUAUGUAUGUAUGAAUUUUUUUAAUCCUAAUGUCACACACACACACACACACACACAUUCCAGCCACCUUAAACCCAGGGUGUGCAAACUUAAAAGGACCCGUGAGAUAUUUUAAAGUCACAAAAAAAAGUAGUUCCUGCUCGGUGUGUGAACAGAACAGCCCCUGAGCCUCUCUUUCCCAUCUAUGAAAUAUUAAUGCUAUUAAUUCUCCAAGCGUAGAUUAAUGUGUGAAGACGUGGCAGAAUUAAAAGUAAAAUGCCUUGUGAGUUGCCUUUUAAGGAAGGUUAGGGGGCGGGGCUAUGUUCCAGCCCAGAAAAUAACCAUCACAAGCCUGAAAUAUAGAAAAGAGUUCAAAUAUAUUGUAUGGUGAUAUUGCAUAUCAUAAUAUUUUGACAGCAUCUUUAAAAAUUGUGAUCGAUACACUCACAGAAAUGUUUUUAAAAAUGACACACCACACCUUUAAUUGGCCAGGAGUCAGUGACACUAAUGGAGGAAUAGGACUAGUGAGUGAUUACAUGAUAAAAUAGUGCUGUUCUGGUAACUCACCUUAGUUGUGAUGGUGGCAAGGAAGCAGGACUACUAUCAUUAUUAUUAUUAUUAUUAUUAUUUUCCCAUCUGGAACGCAAUACACAAAAGUUUGUACACCCCCGUGUUUAGUAAUGUAAAUAUACAGUAUGAAUUGUGUAUUGGCCUGAGUAUCAGCCUCACAGCUGCAGCACUGCUUCGUGUCAUUUCCAUCAGUAGAGGGGUACAGAUACUUACUUCCUGGCUGUAGACUGAUGCUCAGGCUGGACUUUUAUCUGCUUCCUGGUGUUAAUAAAUGAUUGUUGAUGUGAAAGAAUGGUUCAGGGAACCUGCUCGUGUAAAAUAUUCAGCACUGUACAUUAGCAUAAUGAAUGCACUUAUGCUCGGCAUGUUGCUUUUUAAUAUAACAUGCAUAAAGGCCUAAUUUAUCCGAAA